UUCGGCAGUUGUCGGCGGACCGGCCGGGCGAGCGAGCGUGUUCACGUCGGUCGCGUCGUUGCGAUCACUUAAAUGUCAAAUCCAAUGAUUCCGAAAGUCAGUUUGACAUGUGCACCGCGACAUCGUAAAUAUUAAUAAUGUAGCGCGUUUAAAGUGCUGGUUACAUUAGAUCGGCUAAUAUUUAGCGUUUUCCAAUGAGAAUUCCCGUAUAAACAGACUCGUUUUCGUUUGUCGUGUUUUGCCAAUCCGCACCUAAUGUGCCGCGGUGCGAACGUUUCAGAUUCGGUUCGAUGGACUAUGGCAGGAUCUGAUGCUGCGGUGUUGUGGAGGUACUUAAGAUAGGAUGUCAAAGUGAUUCACGAUGGACCGCGUGAGUGGAGUGUGUCGGUUCGGCGGAGUGGUGUCUGCGGUGAGCAGGAGGAGCGGGCGCAGCCGCCGUCGGCUGGCGAGCUCGGCCCCGGCGCCCGACUGCAGGCCGGAGACCCCGCGCCGAGGGCUCGGCGCCGUGCUCAUCCUCACCUGCAUCGUCGUCUACCACAACUGCCUCUACUGCGGUUUCGUGUUCGAUGAUAUCAAUGCUAUAAAAGAAAAUAGAGACUUGAGACCUCAGACACCAAUUUCCAACAUCUUCCUGAACGACUUCUGGGGAACACCCAUACAUAAGGAGCAGUCACAUAAAUCGUACCGCCCUCUGACGGUGCUCACGUUCCGAUGGAACUACGCAGUGCACGGUCUGCACCCGGCGGGGUACCACCUCGUAAACCUGCUGCUCCAUGCCCUCGUCUCACUCUUGUACUACAAGGUGUGCGCAAUGUUCCUGCCGGAGUUUGCAAGUUUCGUGGCGGCCAUGCUGUUUGCUGUUCACCCGAUACACACCGAGGCGGUGACGGGCGUGGUGGGUCGAGCUGAGAUGCUAUCCUCCGUGUUCUUCCUCGGAGCUCUGCUGUGUUACGCUCGGGCUGCUAGCAGGAGGAGAUGUACAGACUGGCGCUACGUGGCCGCGUGCGCAGUGUGCGUGGGCGUGGCCAUGUUGUGCAAGGAGCAGGGCAUCACCGCCACCGGCGUGUGCGUCGUGUACGAGCUCUUCGUGGCGCAGAAGCGCCGUGGAACCAGCGGUGGCAAUCGUUGGUCGUGGCUGGAGGCGUGGGGCAAAGGCUCGGGUUGGGGCUACGCGUGCGGCGAGGCCGCUCGGCGCGUCGUCACCCUGUGCUGCGCCAGCCUCGCCCUGCUGGCGGCCAGGCUGCACGUGAUGGGCGCUCAGCUGCCAGUGUUCACGAGAUUUGAUAAUCCAGCCGGAGCCACUACUGGACCUGCCAAGCAUUUGACAUUCGCUUACCUGCCCGCGCUGAACGCGUGGCUCCUCGCACUGCCCGAGGCUCUGUGCUGCGAUUGGACGAUGGGUACGGUGGCGUUGCUCCAAUCGUGGCAAGACCCCAGGAAUCUGGCCACUGCGGCCCUGUUCGUUGGCUUGUUGGUCGCCGCGAUCCACGCGCUGCGGACACGGUGUACUGCUUUGUCUAUGGGUCUAGCGCUCCUGGUUCUGCCCUUCUUGCCAGCGUCCAAUCUUUUCUUCCCGGUGGGGUUUGUGGUGGCCGAGCGCAUCCUCUACAUGCCCUCGAUGGGCUGGUGCAUGCUGGUCGCCCACGGGUGGCGUCUGGCCGCCAAGAAGCACGCCAAGACAGCCGUGGCUGCACUCAUAUUUAUACUCUUCGCCUUUAGUAUCAAGACUUACGUCAGGAACUGGGAUUGGAAGACUGAAUAUUCUAUUUUCGCUUCGGGGUUAAGGGUGAAUCGCAACAACGCCAAGCUGUAUAACAACGUUGGCCACGCUUUAGAAGCUGACGGGCGAUACACGGAAGCGCUGGAGUUCUUCAACACGGCCGUCAGCGUCCAGCCCGACGACGUCGGCGCCCACAUCAACGUCGGCCGCACCUACAACCAUCUCGGCAAAUACCAAGAAGCCGAGGAAGCCUACAUGAAAGCCAAGUCUUUACUGCCUAAAGCUAAACCCGGCGAAUCCUACCAGGCCAGAAUAGCCCCCAACCAUCUGAGCGUGUUCCUGAACCUUGCCAGCUUGAUAUCCAGGAAUGCCACUAGGCUGGAAGAGGCAGACAUGCUGUACAGACAGGCGAUCAGCAUGAGGGCGGACUACACUAGGGCGUAUAUCAAUAGGGGCGACAUUUUAAUAAAGUUGAAUAGGACGAAAGAGGCACAGGAGGUAUAUGAGAAAGCGCUUCUGUAUGACAGCGGCAAUCCGGAUAUCUAUUACAAUCUGGGCGUGGUGCUGCUGGAGCAAGGCAAGGCGUCGCAGGCGCUAGCGUACCUGGACAAGGCGCUGGAGCUGGAGCCCGAGCACGAGCAAGCUCUGCUCAACUCGGCCAUCCUGCUGCAGGAGCUCGGCGCCGCCGACCUGCGCCAGGUGGCGCGCCAGCGGCUGCUCAAACUGCUCGACAAGGAUUCAACGAACGAGCGCGUGCACUUCAACCUUGGCAUGGUGUGCAUGGACGAGGGCGACGCGGAGUGCGCGGAGCGGUGGUUCCGCGCGGCCGUGCACCUGAAGCCGGACUUCCGCUCCGCGCUCUUCAACCUGGCGCUGCUGCUCGCCGACCGCCGCCGCCCGCUCGAGGCCGCGCCCUUCCUCAAGCAGCUGGUGCGCCACCACCCCGACCACGUCAAGGCGUUGGUGCUGCUCGGAGACAUCUACAUCAACUCCGUCAAGGAUCUGGACGCCGCCGAGAGCUGCUACCGGCGCAUCCUGGAGCUGGAGGCGGACAACGUGCAGGCGCUGCACAACCUGUGCGUGGUGGCGGUGGAGCGCGGCGCGCUGGCCGCGGCCGAGGAGUGCCUGGCGCGCGCGCAGCGGCUGGCGCCGCACGAGCACUACAUCCGGCGCCACCUCGCCGUGGUGCGCGCGCGCCGCCAGCAGGCGGCGGCCCCCGCCCCGCCCGCCGCCGCCGAGGUGCGCGCGCGCUGGAACUACAUCCCGCAGCAGCCGCCCGACCCGCACGAGGCCGACCCCGAGUAGAGCCCCGCCCCGCCCGUCCCGUCUCCGUGCGGAGGCGUUCCGUUGACGAUCAGGGUAUUGAAAAUUAAAGCAUGUGCCGGACGGCAGACGACCACGGUUUCUGCAAGAUGAUCUUGGUAGAAGCGCGGUUUGUCUACAUGGUUUACGACCACUGCUUCAGCCGAUGGUUACGUUGGCCGAGCACGCCUGUCUACCGAGGGCGUUUAAAGGUCAUGCAGAAUUUGGUUUCGACCACUUGCUACAUGGCUUAAAACCAUUGUUUUUCUACCAAGGUCAUCUUGCAGAAACUGUGGUUGUCUGCCGUCUGGCACAUGAAGGUCACUCCGCUCUCUCCGAUCUGAAUGUGACAUUUUGCUAAUGACGAGCCUUCGUCUCUCCCGAAUCGUACCUCUAAAAAUCUGCAUUUCUCGGUAUCGCUCUGUGAGGGGACGAGUCGAUUAAUGGACCGCUAGUGUUGGCACCCUAGUGGCCAGAGAGGAUUCCGUUACUAUCUUGUUAUAAUAAAUGCGAAGUCAGGUCGAUACCUUAAAAAAUACAAGGCAAGACUGACUUCACUAAAUAAAUGUCAUCUAAAUAAUUAGACACCCCACUUUCUUGAACAUCUCUAUCUGCAGACAAGCGGCCGUAAAUUGUCUCGUUUCUGAUGUACCGCUUCACUAUUUGGAACUACUAAAUUUCACCGUUGUAUUCUAACUCGAAAUUAUUAUAAUCAUUGCAGUAUUUUGGCUGUUAUUAUUAGUGAUUUAUUGAUCUCAUAAAAUAUUAAUUUUCAUACGCCUUUAAAUAUUGUUAAUAUGUACUUAAAAGUUGGACAAGCUUCGUCAUUAGCCCGGUAUACGGUAUCUGUGCGUAGAUAUGAUUUAUAAUAACUGUUUAUAGGCAUAAUAGAUUGGAUUUGUAUCAUUCCAAUUAUAAACUAUUUAACUUUGUCUAGUCAAGAUGCAAUCGCAUUUGAUAUUAUUUUGGACUUAUUUUUAAUGCAUUUACGGAUAAGAAGUGAUUUAAAACGAUUCAUUGUUGUAAUAUGUUGAUCAACCUACGCUUGGAAUAGACGUUGGGAGUAGCAUUUAGAUGAAUGUGCCCCGCAUUAAGCCAACCCAUUUUAAUAAGGCUAUACAAUAAACCUAGAUAUAAACAAGUUUCUGUCUCAAUACUUGUGAACAUGUUUAAUAUUAACUGCAUAAUAAAACGGGGAAAUGAUCAUUAAUAGGACUUCUUUUACACAGAUGGAAGUAGCGAAAAGCAUUCAAAUGUAUCUAAUAUAAAAAGCUACGCAAUUUGAUUCAAUAAGUACGCGAAGGAUUAAACCAGAGACAGUGAUGUUAAAUAGAAAUUUCAUUUAUAAUUAGACAUUGGUCUAAGUUUUGGGCUUAUAACCGGCGUGUGUAGCUUAGCCAGAGCUUACUUUGCGGCAGCUACGAUAAGAUAAUAGACUCAAGUCUCUAAGGUAUGGCCAAACAUAGUGAGCACAGGGUCGAACUGCCAACGAUCGGUUCGGCGGCCAGAAUAAGGUGCGGUACAAGACGAGGUGGUAGGAAAAGCAAGAAAAGUCCUAAUUAAGGUUAAUUAUUUUCGUAAAGGCAAAUGUUACUGUGUAAUGGGUAAAUGAAGUGAUCGACCGUUGUUAGAUUUAGAUGUGAAAAAUGUAAUGUUGUUCAUGUUUUAAGAUAAAAGUAACUUUUGUAAAAACUGAAUUUUUUACAAUGUCUUGAAACAUUUCUGGUGGGAACUCUGUAGGGUGUCAAUGAUUUGUAAGGACCCCAAUAUUAUAAACUAUUUGUCGUCAAAACGUUUAUUUUUAUAAAAUAAAAUGAUGUUUCGAACAAGUC